CCACGCUCCGCGCGCGCCCACCAGAAACACAAGAGACACAGAGGCAGACUGGCAGAGAGAGCCCAGCGGCGCCGCCUUCUUCCCCAACACUGCUUCCUUCCACGGCAGUAUAAAGCACCCGCGCCUCUUCACGUUCCAGGUCAAUCCACAAAACCAACCAAGAAGAAGAGGACAAGAAGCGUUCGGUGAUUUCGUUUCGUGUGGGAGGAGAAGAGCAAGGCGAUGAGCUUGAGGUACGUGAGCCGGGUGGGCGCGCGGGCGGCGCAGGCGGUGCGGGAGAGCACCGGCAGGUCCGUCAAGGACAAGGCGCAGUCGGCCUCGUCGUCGGCGUCGAUGGCGCGGAGCAGCAGGGCGCCUGCCGCCGGGUCGGUGGACUCGGGCAGGGCGAGCGCCGCCGCGGCGGCGAGGAGGAAGGCGGAGGAGGAGAGGCGGCGGCGGGCCGAGCAGGCGCUGCGCACCGUCAUGUUCCUCUCCGUCUGGGGGCCCAACACCUAAAAGUAGGAGAGCAUCUCUCUGUGUGUGAUGGUUUCAGGGUGUUACAAUGCCUAGCGUUGUGCGCGUUUCUGUUUUGAGUUGAAGAAAAAAGAAAAUGUAAAUUUAUAAAUAUGAUCUAAUAUAUGGACACCGAUAAUUUGAUUCCGAUUA